AUGUCACGGCAAACUUCUAGACUUGACGCAAAGAAAGUCAAUUCCGAGUUGCUGACGCUCACGUACGGUGCUCUAGUAUCGCAAAUGUUGAAAGAAAUAGAUAGUUCAGAGGAUGUUAAUAAACAAUUGGAAAGAAUUGGUUAUAAUAUGGGCGUGCGAUUGGUAGAAGAUUUUCUCGCAAGAACCACGUCCGGACGUUGUUUGGAGAUGAGAGAGACUGCAGACAAGAUUCAGCAGGCCUUCAGGCUAUAUCUAAAUAUGCAACCGACGGUAACAAGUUGGAGUAGUUCUGGGGAUGAGUUUUCUCUUGUUUGGGACCAAUGUCCGCUCAGCGAGUGGGUGGAGAUGCCAAGCAAUGGGUUAAAGUACUGUGCAAUCAUACCCGGAGCAAUUAGAGGAGCAUUGCAGAUGGUGCAACUUGAUGUACAGUGUUGGUUUGUACAGCCGCCGCUGCUGUGGGUGUGUCGCGCGCGCACCAACCUGCUGCACAAUGCGCCCAUCAUGAGAGCGCUGCGUGCACUCAACGCGGUGUCAAACGACAUCGAUUUGUUCAAUUGUUCUCUGAAUGAAUUCGCACUGGCUGCAUAUUGUAAAAUUUCAUAUAGUGGUACAUAUUAA